CCUCCCCGGCCGUAGGCGCGGGCAGCCGCGGGGCCGCCGCCGGCCGGAGCGGAGCGGAGCGGGGCCGGCGAUCAGGGCGGCGGCGCGGGGGACGCGAGGGGCCGGCGGCCGCCACCCGGCCCCCAGGCGGCGCGGAGCCGAGCGGGGGGAGUGGAGCGGAGCGCGGCGCCUGCCGCUGCCUGGAUGCCAGAGGCGCUUCGGGAGUCGGCGGCCGGCGGCACCCGGGAGGGCCCGGGGGAGGAGGAAGAGGAGGAGGAGGAGGCGGCGGCGGCGGCGGCGGAGGAGGACGACUCCGGGCACGGAGGGGAGGAAGCAGGCAGCGCUGGCCAUGGCCUCCAACUUUAACGAUAUAGUCAAGCAGGGCUACGUGAAAAUCCGCAGCAGGAAGCUGGGGAUUUUCAGGCGUUGUUGGUUGGUUUUCAAGAAGGCUUCCAGUAAAGGACCCAGGAGGCUAGAAAAAUUUCCAGAUGAGAAGGCAGCAUAUUUCAGGAACUUUCACAAGGUAACUGAGCUGCACAAUAUCAAAAACAUAACUAGAUUGCCUCGAGAGACAAAGAAGCAUGCAGUGGCAAUUAUCUUCCAUGAUGAGACGUCAAAGACAUUUGCGUGUGAGUCAGAACUAGAGGCAGAGGAAUGGUGCAAACAUCUUUGCAUGGAGUGUCUAGGAACCAGGCUCAAUGAUAUAAGUCUUGGGGAACCAGAUUUGCUUGCUGCUGGAGUCCAGAGGGAACAAAAUGAACGAUUCAAUGUAUAUCUUAUGCCUACACCAAAUUUAGAUAUCUAUGGGGAAUGUACAAUGCAGAUCACACACGAAAACAUCUAUCUCUGGGACAUCCACAAUGCCAAGGUCAAGCUGGUCAUGUGGCCUCUGAGCUCUUUGAGGAGAUACGGACGUGACUCAACAUGGUUCACAUUUGAGUCUGGAAGGAUGUGUGACACAGGAGAAGGGCUGUUCACCUUUCAGACACGAGAAGGGGAAAUGAUAUAUCAGAAAGUCCAUUCUGCAACGCUGGCAAUAGCAGAGCAACAUGAAAGAUUAAUGAUGGAGAUGGAGCAGAAGGCACGGCUCCAGACCAGUCUCUCUGAACCGAUGACAUUAUCCAAGUCGAUCUCACUUCCUCGUAGUGCAUAUUGGCAUCAUAUCACCCGGCAGAACAGCGUUGGAGAAAUCUACAGUUUACAAGGUCACAGCCUUGGCUCGGCGAAGGUGUCCCGGGCACAGACAUUUCCCAGCUACCCCUCGGAGCAGGGUGAGGAGCACCAGCAGUCCCUCUCGCUGUCCAGCAGCUACGCCUUCAGCUACGGCUCAGGCUUGGUGCCAUGACAGCUGGGGGCGGCCGGCCGAGAGAGACAGUCAAGCCUGGAGCCUGCCGCCAGGGCCGGGGAGCCACCGGCCCCCUCUGCACCCACCAUUUGCCGUGAAAACUGAUGCCUACCAGCUCCAGCCGGGUCACUGCCAAGGCGGAAACCUGGAGAGGCGGCUUCCCUGAAGCAGAGGCUAAGUCUUUAUUUAUUUAUUUUGCCGUUCCUUUUGUCUAUAACGUUCAGGAAGGAGGGGGGUGGGGGGGGAAGGGAACACAUUCGUGUUGUGAGAAAGUGGUGGAAACAAACGAAACUGUGUUGAUGUGAAGGUUUCUGCAUGACCGGAGAAGGCCCAUUCUGGGGCUCCAUCACGAUGGCGCAUUCGACAUCGGGGCCUUCCUACCCGCCUCCACCAGCAGGCCGGCCCAUCUUCACCCGUAACAUUUUUAGGUCCUUGCCACAGCCCACCGAUUCCCGUUGGAGUGGCUGAAACAUCACCGAUUCGAGAUGCAGCUUCAGCGCUGCAGGGGUCACCUUCAUAUCCAAGCGAGUUCUCUCAUUACCCUAGAAGGUGGUCAGGUGUUUUUCGAGCCAGGCACCAACAGAUACUGGAGUAGCAGGCUAAUACAUUUUGUUGGGAAUAGAGUUCGAUGCGUUAAGGUAAGGUUAUCGCCUGGUAUGACUCUAAUCUUAAAUUCCUGGGGCACAAAUUCAUCCCUUACUAAUUGGCACAUAAUUCUCAUGACACCCCUGAGAGCUGUGAACGUCCACAUCAACACCACAGUCUCGUCCUCAGAACUGCUGCGAGGUGUCCUUAUUUGCAAAUCAUUUAGGUAACCGUGCCUGCAAGCCUAACUUUAAAAAGCGGGAAAACUGUUCUCAGAAAAAUAAAAGCGGGCCACAUCCCCAGCUGGUGACUGCCUGUGCCAUGGCUGGGCCAGAUACGGUAGAGCUGAGCUCUGGGCUUGUCUUUCUGGUCAGCGUUACUUUGAUUUUCUCUGUUUACUUCUCAAAUUUCUGUUUUAGAUGCACAUUGUACCUUGUACGAUCAUGUGUCAAGCAUCGGUUUACUUUGAAAAAGAGGAUGAGUACAUCUCAAUGAAAAUUUUCUGUCUUUGGAAGAGGUCUUUAAAAAAUGAACUCUAGUAGGUGUGUUUGUAAUCAGUAAUGAAGGAAUAAGUUGGAAGGCAUACCUGUAGGUGGGGAACAAGUUUUAUCUAUCCUGAACAUUUAGAUUUUUGUAAGUGGUAUCGAACAUUUCUGUACUUCUUGUGAUGCCCUGAAAUGUUUGAAAUUGUGGGGAGAAAUAUCUGCCCUCUUACUAUGAUCUGAGCAGCCUUGUGUUCUGUUCCCAGUGUGAAAUGAUGCCAUGAUUACCAGACGGAUUCGUCUCAUUAGUUUUUUCUCAGGACAGGUUGAGGAAGCAUAUCAAGGAGGAGACACAUAGACUUUUUUCCAAUGAAACAAUCAGUUUUAUGUACCAUAAUUUAACUGAAAAAAAAAAGUGCUGUUGGGUUGUUUUAUAUAUGCACAUAUAUAUAUAUGUAUUAAAAAGUAUGGAAGAAACUUCUGCUUUUGAUUAAGCAUUUACUGAUACAGUAUGUCCAGCUUUUCUCCAACCAUUUUCCAGGCUAAGAGACCUUGCAGACUUACAGCUUUCUACACCUCAGUGAACAGCUACUGAAUAAAAAAGCUUUGUGAUCCGCUUGAAUGCAACACUUCUACCCCACCACAAUCAGCUUUAUUUUUUCCUCUUUUCCCCUGUCUCAUUCACUACCUCUUUUCCUUCUCACAGUGCUGCCAUACUCAGGAAUAGAACGGCUCCCUACAGAUUAUUUUGAUGAGCUAAAAUGAAAAAUUGCUCUCCCACGCUGUCAGGGAGCUGUACCCAUGGUGCUCUCUGAGCUGUACCCAUCAAGGAAGCUUCAUUCACACAUUCAUUUAAGAAAAAAAUUUGGUUGACAUUUUGCUUUGGGAAAAUUUCCAGUUUGCAAAUGUUACAUGCAAAAUGGGAUACAAAAAGAUAGAUACUCUCCUGGUGUAAUUCUGUUAUUAAAUGCAGCUUUGCCAAAUACACGCCUUUUGAGGAACUGGCCAGUUGUUUUUAUUCCUAUACAACUGCAAUUCUUUCACUUGCCCUAAAAGUAUACAUUUUCUUUAAAAUUCCUUAGGUUCAGUUUCCAAUAUGUUCUGCAGAUUUCUAUGCUGUGUCCAUGUAACUGUCUUCCUCUGUGUCGUGACUUGAGUACUUAUGUAUUUCACACAAUCUAAAAGUGGGGAAAAGGCAAAACAGGAGAGUAUGAGAACUGCUUUGUAGUUCCAGUGCCCAUAUACUUUAAGAACCUAUCUAAAUCCUGAAGUUAGUGCUUUAGCUAUGUUUAGAUAAAAAGCCUAAGAUCUACAUAGUGUGCUCUUUCUAUUUCCUGGGGAACAGUUGCUCUCUGUCACAGAUGGUUUUGUCUUCCUAUGCAGUGCAUGAAUAUUGUCUAGUUAAUGAAAAUGUAGAUGCUAUUUCCAAAACACACACAAAAAAAGGGGGCGAUUGGCCAUGUAUAGGAGUUUUACUAAAUAUUUUGCUUUCAUUACAUAAUACAACUAUCCUCUCAACUCAUACAUUUAUAAACAUCUGUGAAGUCUCAUCUUGUAGCAAUAGUCAGAAACUUUUAACUCUAGGACAAAGCUGGAGAAAGCAACCAGCAAAAAGCAAACCUGACCUACUGGGAGCCUAUUUCUUGUAGAGAAUAAAUGUAACCAUGCUGGAAGUUGUAAAUAAGGAUGCAACUUCACAGUGUACUGUAAUCGUACAAUCUAAGAAAACUGGGCACCUGAAGCACAAAGAUAUUCAGCAGCUGGUGGAUCUUGCCAUUAGUGCCAGUCCACAACAGAUGAUAUCACUGUAACAUUUCUGUAUUUGCACAGCUUCCAGAAAUGUUCCUCAGAAAAGCUCUAUGAGAACCAGGCAGGCACUGCACCAACAGUUUGCCAGAAAAUUCUGUUUUCAUGGAAUUGCUUUAAUUCCUGGCAUAUGCCUGUCGAUAAUCUAAGUGAUUCCCCACUGAGACUACUUUGUACAGCUCCUAGUGCUUCUGCCAGAAGGAAGACUCUCUUUUGGCACACGUGGUAGAGCUGCUUGCCUAGAGACUACGAGGGCCUUUAAAUAGGCCCAGGGACCCCAUGGGUCCCUGUUCAAGUCUCGGCUUUCUUCAUGUGCAAGGCACACAGAUAAUGUGUCUACUCCUGACCCAAGAGGAGCUCUCUGUUUUCAGCUAAUGAGCUGUGAAGAGAUGGAGGGCAGAAAAUGUCUUCAGUGGUAACCAGGUGCAACUGGUACAAAUGGAACUUAGCAUUAGUACAUUAUAAAAUAGAAGAAAUAAUAUAAGGCUGUCGCUUUCAUUUUGGUUCUGAUGAUGUGUUAGGAAUAUAUAACCGUAACCAUGAUUUAAAUUUUUAAAAAAUGACUCUUGAUAACAAUAUAUUCACCCCUAUGAACAAAUAACACACAGCAUUACUAAAUAUAGUUAUUAACAUAUCUUAACUGUGAAAAUUAUAGAUUGAUGCAUGCUGGUUCUUUUGAUUUUGUAGUCACUUGGUGCAGAAAAGGAGAAAUUGAAGGAGACUGGUAAUAAAUCACCAAAUGGUGCUAAGGUACUUGAGUAGACGCAUUUUUUAAACAGCUACAUUUUAUUAUUGAUAGUUUAAAUCAUCCGUGAGUAUACUCUUUUGAAAUAAUUUUGCCUGCCUAUGUAAAGGAAAAAGAAAAUCUUGUCACAUAGAGUUUGCUGUCUUACUGAGUAGAUGUGUAGACUUUCCUUUCUGUGGUAGGCUCUGAUUCCAGCUCCUCACAUGUUCUUGGUGGUAAUUUUGGUUUUGUUUUUUCCCCUAUAGCUAGCAAGUAAAACUUGGAAAUGUAUUGAUAAACCAAAGAAGUUUGCAACUUCGCAACUCUUUUUUGUUUUGACAAAAGUCUACCAGACAUUUCGGGAAAAUAAUUAAUUUUACAACACACGACUAGAAAUCCUGUUGCGAAGCAGCAAACACAUUUCUAAUCAAGUCUUGUCCUACGCUAAUAACACUUUGCUGGAGGAGGAGUUGAAAUUUAAGAUCUGAGGUCAAAAGUCUUUUAAAGUGCUCUCUAUAGCAAUAAUUUAAUUACAACAUACAGAUUUCAGGCACUCAUUCAUUUAGGGGUCGCUCAGUGCAGGCAGUCUGUGAAGACCCUUACUUGUUCAUGGCAAAGAGAAAAAAAAAAAAAAAGCAUUAAUCAGAUCUCUGUAUUGCACUUAUCAGAAAAGGAAUGAACUUCAUGCUUGUUCAGCUCUCCAGUCAAAAAGGCAAUACUAUAAGGAGUAGUGAUUUUUGAGACAUUUCAUCUCUAGGAACUGACAAAGACCAUCAGCCUGUAGCAUAUAAACCUCUACUCAGACUUAGCUCACCAGCCACAUUUUUUGCUAGUUUUCAUCUGGUAACCUAGAAACUGCAGGGUGGUAUUCCAUAAGAAAAUAGAAAUCUCUUGAAUGGCUGUGCUUUUUAGCAUGAAAUACAGCAUUAUUUACAACUGUUUCUUCCUAAAAGAAAAAGAGGAAGGUGUUCCAAUUAAUCUCUUUUUUAGUGUGUUUUAUGUGUGUUUUAUAUCAGUGAUUUUAUUUUAAUAUGUGUUUAUUAUGAGAUUGGUUCAGCUCCCUUUUAUACCUGCUGCAAAAGAAUAAAUGUGGCUUUUAUCUACAUACAGGAUAGAGUGGACUGUGGAGAAAGUGUCAAAAGCUACUGUUUGAGUAAAAGAGCAGAUCCCACAGCACUGGAAAAUUUUGUUUUCAUGUAGAUCAUCCAAAUACUUGUGACUGUUUCUAAACCAGCUUCUUACACAACCUGUAUAUAUUAGAAUCUUAUAUUUUUCACCACAGACAACUGGUUGGGGUGUCUGCUUAUUUUGUAGGUAGGAGAUAAUGACUGUGCAACACCAUUAUAGUGACAUAACUUUAAAAUCAAAGGUUAUAAGGUUGGAUAUAUUAACUGUGCGGAUAUAUAAGUGUUGCACUCCACAAAGGGUGCUGUGUGUCAAGAACAUGAUAUUAUAAAUAAAUGGUCUUCACUUUUGAUUUUAGGUAAAAAGGUGUGUUAUAUUGGAAACAAGUAGAAACGUACAGUAGAAUGAAAGAAAUGUCAAAGAAUAUUGACUAACCUAUUGUGAUAAGAAGUUUGUCUCUCUGUCCAGGCCCUGAGAAGACAAUAGGUAAAGGUGCUGUGCGUUCAGCAAUUAUUUAAAUGGCAUUAUACUUAGAAACCUAAAUAUUAGAAUCCAUAGGUGAACUGCUUCUAUUGAAGAAAAUGGAAGUUUCACUUCACAAAGAUGCUUUUCACACCUUUGCAUGCAUAUACAGCUUGACAGAUUUUUAAGGAUGUGAAUAAAACAGGUAUGAAAGUAACUGAGGUUUAAGUAUGAUUAAUUAUAAUAAAUUUUAAAGUGUCAAUAUUGUUAUGAAUAUUGCAAGUUGUAAUGGAGAAAAGAUUUUCUUUUUAACUAAAUGCAAGCUCAGAAUCUAAUACACUCUCUAAGAUGAAAGAGUUAAUCUUUUUAAAUCUCCCACUGAAAGUCCCAAAGCAUGGAUUUCAUUGGUUUUUUUCCAUCAGUACAGAAAUCCUUGUGAGGUUAAAUGGAUUUACCAUGUUCCCUUACAAUCCUGAGAUUGUCAAGUGAAUUGAUACAUUCUGUAGUAGAUCUUUUUCCUGUAACAAUAGCUGACAUGAAUGAAGUUAACCCUCAUUUUUAAUAUAGGCUACACAUUGUUUCCAAUCUUUUUUAAAAUUGUAUGAUUGCAGGACUGCAAUGGGCAUAGAAAUAGCACGAAUUAAUCCUCUGUUUUGGCAAUUCUGUUACAGUAACAAAAAUAAAGGUUCCAGUUAAACAUUUAUUCUCAUCACUGCUCCUAAAGCUAAAAUAGAAAAAUUAUGUAAAAUAAAGCUAUCCUUGUUGAUGUUAAUUGUUGCAUUUCCUGAGUUUCUGCAGUUGACAGGCUGUGACAGGAGAUAUGUAUUUUCCAGAACUGCUUUUUGCAGGUUAUACUGAUUUAAGAUGGUUACAAGGAAAAAAGACAAUGCAGAUAAAAAGCAUUAUGACUUCCUACCAAAGUAUGGCACAUGCUCAUCUUGUAUUUCUUUCUCUUUCUUUGAAAAUCAUAAUUAGAGAAAGACAGAGAAGGUUUUGAAACCUAAUAAAAAGGAAAUUAAAAAUAGGGUAAGAAACCAGCAAAAAUUUAAAAAAAAAAAUCUGUAAUCUUUAAAAUUAUUAGAAGAAUUUAGCAGAUAUUUAAGCACACAUCAAUGGGUUGUGUUGUGCAAAACAGUUUCCCAGAGCGUUCAAAUUCUGGCUGUAUGAGAAGCUGGGAACAAUACUUUGUGUUUAAUCCAACUCACAGUUCUCAGUUGCUCUGUGACAAUGGAUUCAGGAGUGAUGGGCUCAUUUUCCCUAACCUGGCUGGAAAAACCAAGUACCAGUCCAUCUAACAUGCAUUAUGCAAUAUAGAUGCUUAAAAAAUAGUAUUUUGCACCAUGCAUUGCAAUGAUUAUCACACAACUUUAUGGACGUUAUGCAGCCAGCCAGAUAUUUCUAAAAAUAUUACCUAGAACAUUUCAGAGCUGAUCGAAUUCUAGAUAAUAAAAGCAACAUCUGCAUUCAUGAUGUGUAAAAAUACAUCCAUAGGUCCUCAGCCUUUAUGCAUCUAAUUGCACAAUGAUCUGACAGAGUUCUGUGGGAAAGUUCCUCCCAUACUACUAUUGUUGAGUAAAUUAUGGAAAUUUAAAAGAAAAUAAUAAAUGCCUGCUUCAAAGAGAUUUAUUUCAGAGAAAAAAAAUUGUAUUAACAAAGAGAAUUUUUAAGAUAUAUAUAAAUAUUCCUAACAUACAUUUUUAUCUUGAAAUACACUUUAAACAUCAACACAAAUACAGAAAGGUAUUGAAAAAAAAAAAGAAAAAAGAUACUGUGUAAUUUUUUACUAGAUCUUAUUAUGACAAGCUAUUGAUCACUUAAAUCAUAGAAUCAUAGAAUGGUUUAGCUUGGAAGGGACCUUUAGAGGUCAUCUAGUCCAACCCCCCUGCAGUGAGCAGGGACAUCUUCAACUAGAUCAGGUUGCUCAGAGCCCUGACCAACCUGACCUUGAAUGUUUCCAGGGAUGGGGCAUCUACCGCCUCUCUGGGCAACCUGUGCCAUUGUCUCACCACCCUCGUUGUAAAAAAAAUUCUUCCUUACAUCUAAUCUAAAUCUACCCUCUUUCAGUUUAAAACCAUUAUCUCUUGUCCUAUCACUACAGACCCUAUUAAAAGGUCUGUCCCUAUCUUUCUUAUAAGCCCCCUUUAAUUAUUGAAAGGCUGCAAUAAGGUCUCCCUGCAGCCUUCUCUUCUCCAGGCUGAACACCCCCAAAUCAGCCUGUGUUCAUAGCAGAAGCACUCCAGCCCUUGGAUCAUUUUUGUGGCCCUUCUCUGGACCCGCCCCAACAGGUCCAUGUCCUUCUUGUGCUGAGGGCUCCAGAGCUGGAGGCAGCACUCCAGGUGGGGUCUUACCAGAGAAGAGCAGAAGAGCAGAAUCACCUCCCUUGACCUGCUGGCCACGCUUCUUUUGAUGCAGCCCAGGAUAUGGCUGGCCUUCUGGGCUGCAAGUGCACACUGCCAUCUCAUGUCCAGCUUUUCAUCCACCAGUACCCCCAAGUCCUUCUCCGCAGGGCUACUCUCAAUCCCUUCCUCCCCCAGCCUGUACUCAUACUGGGGGUUGCCCUGACCCAGGCGCAGGACCUUGCACUUGGCCUUGUGGAAUUUCAUGAGGAUCUCAGAGGCCCAUCUCUCAAGCUUGUCCAGGUCUCUCUGGAUGGCAUCCCGUCCUUCUGGAGUGUUAUUAAACUUACUGGUUAAUACUACAAAUUAAUUAUUUAGUCUAACAAUCUAAUUAAACUUUUAAGAAAUGUAUUAAAUGCCAUUUAGAAUCACGGUGACACUUUUUUUCUAAAACUACAAAAUUGUCUUUUUAAGUAAGCAUAAAGCUAGAAGUAGUAUGUUGGCCACUGCUAGUAAUUCAUAUUAGUUAUUUUAUCUAAUUAUACCAGCUAGCAACAUGGAUAGCAUUGAAACUUGCUUUACAUAACUUUGUGCGGUUCCUUCGGUAUUUCUAGCCUGAACAUUAUGUCCUAAGUUAGAUGUAGGUAUAUAUAACUGCAAGACUAUAACACAGAUAGGUAGUAAGGUAAACCUACAGCUUUAUAAAUCAAGCCUAAUCAGAGUCAAGAAACUCAUCAGAGCAGUGACACAGUCCUGUGUCAUGGUGGUAGCCUGCUCCAUUAGUCUCAGACCUCCCACAGGUGAGACUAUCUUGAUUCUUAGGCUCUCAUAUUUUAAAGGACAUGUUGGCAAACUCAUCACGUGUUUUUCCCAUGGUUAUCUAGAUGCCCAUCCUCUUCUCAUCACUCUUAAUGCGUUUUACUCUUAGAAAAGAAUGAUAAAAAAGGAGUUAGGGGGACAAGCAGAGACAAGGACACUCUUCUUGGAGUGCCCUACUGAGCCCUGCAGGUUCUUCUUAGUCCUUAAAACAUGAGUUGUUUCUGUACAGGAGCCCAGCUUCAGGGGAAGGCUGGAAAGGGCGGGGGAGAGCGGAUGCAUGUCCGAUGCAGGCUCCGGGAGAACUGGUCCAGGGUCUUCCGUUUCCUGGCUGAUUUGGCAGGUAGGAUACUGGAUGAACUGACUGCGGUAGCACAAACAGCAUUUCAUAUGACAGUGAAGAGUCUAGUCCAGCAUAGUGUUUUGAAGACCACUGUGGCUCUCUAGCCUCAAGGUGGAAUCCUUUGCACUGGAUGUCAGAGGGGCAGUGGCCACCCUGAGCCCACACAUACCCUGACACCACAUCCCAGCAAGGCAUGGCAAUGGGGGCAUGUCUUGUGCCCAAAACGGUUCCCCAGGAAUGCAUAAGUGUUGAAAAUGUCUUUUGAGUUGCCUUACACCUUAAAUAAUACAGUCUGAGAAUUUGACAUGUAGUUUCUGCUCCUGGGGUCCACGGUCUAAAAAGGCAUUUUAGCACCUAUCUUGUAGACAGACAGGAGUGUUUUUGGAACUAGCCUUUAGCGUCAGACUUCCAAAGCCGUUUAGGGGAUUAACUCCUAUUGAGCAUUUAGGCUUUAAAGAAAAUAAGUCUUUUUUCACUUGUGCUGGGAAAUACUCACUGAGACAGAGUUUCUGCUACUGUAAAUAAAUACCAUUGAUUUGAACUUUCACAUAGCUCAAUAACACAGAAGGUUUAGAGGGCCAUGAUGCAGAUAAGAUUUUAAAAUAAAUUUAAAAAAAAAAAAAAAACGAACCCUGGUUCCCAGAUGUCUUUAUGAUAACAAAAAAGUCACCACCACUCCUCAGAAAAAAACCAAACUAGAAAUGAAACUGAUGAUAGUGAGAUUAGUCCUCUGAAAUCUUUUCUUUUUCUGAAGUAAGGUUUCUUAUUUGGAUCUCUCAGGAGUAAACUAGCAUCCAGCUGUUAUCAAACUAGCAAAUGCAGCUAGCACCUAUACUUUAACUGUUCUGCCUGCUUUGUUGCAUUGGUCCUCUCCUCCUGUCCACUAGUCCUGGGAUAAGACCUGGAUAGGAGGUAGGUGGUUAAGUUGCACAGCACGGUUAGAACAAGUUAUUUCUGAGUCUUCUUGAAAAAAGUUAGGUGCUUAACAGAAAAGAUGCCUGUGAAUUUAGAGCAGGUGGAGGUCAGAAGGCAGAUUAAGUGCUGGACUAUCCUGCCUAACAUGGGGGUUUGGAGGAGUCCAGCUUCUUGUGUUCCUUGGUAGGUCCAGCCCUUAAAGCAGACUGUUUCCUCACAGAAACAUUGGUUCACCCCAAGAUGCUCAGCCAAGGGAGAGCAGCAGACAAGCAGAAAGAGCAGUAACAUGACUAUAUUACAGGGUCAGAGGAGCUCUUCAAGGUAAAGGAACAUAUUUGAAAUGAAUAAAGAAAGUAACAGGAGAUCAUGUAUGUUACUGUUCUAACUUUCACCUUCUUUCAUAGACUGUAAUUUUGGAAUUUGCCCUGUUGAUCCAAACUCUGGCAACUGCCUCUCCCACAUUCAGAAGUCCCAGCAAAGACUGACUGCAAAUAAUUUUUUUCUCUGAUGUUUGUUUUAGACAGAUGUGAGCUUAUGUCCUUUAAAGACUUAGUGGUACUAUUAAUCAUGGAUUUUUCCUUUGAACGUGGGACUUACAUAAACAUCUACCUUUUUCAUCCAGCAUAGAAGAUCAAAUUUUUGUUGUUGUGGAAAAGAAAUCUGUUCUUACUUUUCUUAAAAUCUCAUAGAUUAAUUUUCCAGUUACAGAGAAGGUAGUUACCCAGUGAUUAAAGACUCAGUGUUUUUAAUGAAAAUUUGCUUUAUGAUGUCUAUUUCCAUUCAGCCAAGUUUCUAAGGCCUUAAAACAACAUAAAAAAGACAACUAUCUUACAGGUUAGACAGUAUGCUGAGCUGGUUACUAUCCAUAGUUGUGUCAUGUUCCUUGAUUUUUUUUUUCCCCUCCCUCUUAACUAUUUGGGCAAGUGGUGCAGCAUGAAAUAGCACAAUUGUUCAACAUAAAAUUUCUAAAUUACAGUUGAUGAGGUUCAUUCAAAAGGAACUAAAACCUUCCAAAAGAAAGAAAUCUAAUCUAUGGGAAAUAUUGAAAAUAAACAGCAAUAAACAAUAGCUUGUACUAUUUUACACUGGAAAGUUUAUUUACGUAAUCCAAACUCUGUCACAUCAAAUAGACUCUUGCUGGGUCCCAUCCUGCCAGGCUCAUAAAAUAUUUAUAGAGUUUUAAUAUUACAUUUCAAAUUAUACUUUUGUAAGUUUUUCUUGUGUGUAGUUUACUAGUUUCUAAGCCAAUGAGAAUAUUGGUAAGUUUGGGGUUGUUUUCUUUCUGGUUUUCAUUUAUAUAGGUCUCAUGUUCAGCUGCUGUUCACUGAUAUUACCAUGGUACAAAAAUGAAGCUGUUGCUUUGGGUUUGUUUUUUGAGAAAAAUAAUAUAUUGUUCUUAUUCUGCUAUGUGUGAUGUGCUUUACCCUGUGGACUAUCCUGGUAGAAGUAAUAUGUCUAUGGAAUUUGAAUUAAAACAGAUUAAAUACCUGCAAAGAUGUGCACUACAGAUUUUUUUUCUUCUUUCUUCUUUCUCAAAAAUUAUUUUGAAAAGACAAGCUAAAAGUACCAAGGGAGGCAAGAAAUAAGGGCAUUACCAGAAAUAAUCAAACAGUCUGGUAUUCUGGGUACUUAACCUCAACCUGUCCCCAGUCUUACCCUCAGUAAAGUAAGGAUGUACUUUGACUGUCUCUACAAGCAGUGAAACAGUACUAACUUCUCGGCUUAUGGAUAUUUCUGUGUCAGGGUUCUAACUGAGAACUUCACAGUAAUCACAUUCAUUGCAUUAUUGUUUUGGCAAUUUAAUAUAAAUGUGGUCAUCAAAGAAAUGACCUGAUGCUACAGGGUUUUAUUUGUAAUGUUGUGCACAACUUAGAAUUAUCUGCUAUGACAUUUGAAUACUCAGGAAGUAAACCAACAUAUUGAUAAGAGAGUUCUGUGUAUCCUCAUCAACUUCACAUGCAAGCAUUUAUAUAUCACAAAACCUUCAGUAAGUGAAAGAAAAAAAAAAACUAUCCCUCGCAAUGUGUAUGUGUCCUUGUUCAGGAGUACACAAAACCAAAAUGAGAUGUUUUCUAAUGGUAUAAGACAUUGUAAACAAUUUAAGUCUUCAGUGCUAGGUUGAAGGACAGUUUAGUUUAGGUUUUUCGAUUUUUAGCUGAAGUGUAGGAUAACGACACAAUGCUACGAUUGCUCAAAUAGUUCAGAGAAGCCUUGUAUCCACAUUAUUCUCAGAGACCGUAGACUCCUGUUUUCCCAUGCAAGUGAAGAAAGUUUUCCAUUGGAGAAGGCUACACAAAAUGUGCUUUUCACUGUCAAGCUGUUGAUGCUCCUUCCUAGCCGGCCAGGUGGAACCAGUUACUGAUCCGUAGGCAGACGCAUGAUGCCUCCCCCUCGAUCCUUUUCAAAAAACAAAAACAAAACCAAAACCCAACAUAUUCAGCAACACUUUUACGAAUGCUUCAAGAGAAAAGAGGAAUCAAGCAUAGGUGGGCCAGGCACACAGUUUUUAGUGUGCAGACAUAUAUGAUUAUCAGCUGUCAUGGUGACACCUUCAUCUACUGGGAUUUCGUCCUCAGUAACACAGCAGAUUUGUAAAAGGCCAAAAGAUGUGUAGAUCCUAAUUCUCAGGUCUGCCUUCUAGUUCUGUUUGUUUAAGGAUAUUUUUUUUUUUGUCUGUUUGUUCAAUUUCUGUGUGGUUUCUUCUGUAGGUUUCAGCAGAAUGUAUACAUACGCACACAUACAACUACAUGUGUGUGUGUAUUGUUCUGUAAAUGUUCUCAAUCAUGCUUUUUUCUGCUUUGCAUCAUUUAUUCAUGUAUCUUCCAUGUUCUCAUUUAUUUUUUGUGCAACUAAACCUUAAAAUAAAUUAUUAUUAAAUAUAACCUGA